AUGGCCGCAAACUCGAAGAAAUUGUAUGGCACUUCAAGUGGUGAAAUAUCGUGUGAACAACUAAAAGUGCUUUAUUUACACAACAACUCCAUCCAGCGAAUUGCAAAUCUAGACCAAUUGAUUCAUCUGACACACUUGUAUUUGCAAUGGAAUCGCAUUGGAAAAAUGGAAAAUUUAAAUCAGCUGAAAAAUCUACGGAAAUUGUAUUUGAGCUACAACGAAAUCUCGUGUCUUGAAGGCAUUGAUGACUUGAAUUUCCUGGAAGAAUUGCAUUUGGAAUAUCAAAAUGUACAACCGCAACAAGAAUUCACGUUCGAUGUCAACAGUUUGAUUGGCAUAUCGACAUCACUCCGUGAGCUAAACAUAAGUGGUCUGCAGUUGACGGAACUGAAAAUUUUGAAAACACUUCCACAUUUGGCCAAACUCAGUGCGGCCGAUAAUAAUUUCGAGACCAGCGACUAUAUUGCUUCUUCAAUUAAUCAUUUGAAUUGUUUGCAAGUGGCUGUAUUCGCCGGCUGCCCGGCGCAGAAGAGAGAUAUUCACUAUAGAAAUAAAAUCAUCUUAGGAUCCAAGAGCUUAGAAAUGCUCGAUAAUAAAGAGGUAAAUGAAGUGACACGCGCAUUUUUGAAGAGCUUUGAUCGCAUCAAAACGGAACAAAAACAAAAAUUGACCAAUACCAACAGUAGCUGCAACAAAGCCGUUGAUAUCGACAUACGCGAAGAUUUACCAUUGAUUCAUUCCGAAGGAAUCGCAUUCGAUGUUACUAACAUCAUUUCGCAAGCCAUUGUCGAGAACAUUCAAAACAAACCGUGGGUUAAGUUCCGGGAAGAAGAUACACAAUAGAUUAAGAUGGUGGAAAAAAUGUGCUUUAAACGGAAUUUAAGGCAAAAAUAAUAGAAAAUAAAUGGAAAGUGGCAAAAUACAUAAUGGAAGAAGAAUUUUUCCCUCGUCGAAACAGAAAUGGAAUUUUAGAUAAUUAGUUAUCGUUAUUCAUAUGAAAACGUCAUUGAUAGAUUGUUACCACGUAAAAAGUACAUUGAAUGCUUAACUCAGUGGACACAUACACACCAACCACUUCGUUUUUAUGUUUCUUCUUCAGAACAAAGGAAAACGAAUGAAUGAAAAGCAUCAACAAAAUUACAUAUCAAUUUAAAAAGAAAAUGACAAGAAAAACCAUAUAAAAAACAAUGCAGAAAACAUUGUAAAUCUUUAGGACGUCUUUCUUUUGUGAACGGAGUCAGUGUUUCACGUUUCGAAUCAUGUUCGUUACCUUUUCGUGUAAAAUCGUCUGAAAAAUAGCCAUGAACAUUCUGAUAUCGUCGAAUUCAAUGAUGUAUCAAAACCCCACAAAGAAGAAAAAGAAACAACCAAAACAAAGCUACGCUUCAAGGAAGAGCACUUGCAGUCACAAACAAAUUGCGGUAAGUGUUUUUUGUUUGUUUUUGUAUGAAGACAAUUAUUGUUAUGAAGACAUUGAAGAGGUAUAGGUGCAAUAUUGUUUAGAAGUAAAAAAAAGAAGCUAAAGCCCAUGUGCAGCAGCAAUGCAAUGAAGAAACACAAACAAAAGUCGAAUAAAAAGCCAUCGGAAAAAAAGCAAAAUCAAACAAA